UCCUAGGUUGAUGCUCAACCACUGAGCCACACCCACUCAGGCUAUUUAUAUAUUUUUAAAUGUUUGUUGCUUUCAAUAAUGAAAUUACUGAAUCAAGAAAAAUACUUGUUUUUCUCAAAAUACCCAAUGGCCCUUAAAAAUGCCUGCCUGUUGGGUCAUAUUUCAUUGCUUUUUUUGUUGAUUAUAAUGUUGGAAACAAGUGUCCAUAUUAAAUAGUGAUGGAGAAAAUAAUUUUAAGAAUAAAUUUUUUCCCACAUGAGGAAAAAACUUAAAUUUAAUAGCAAACCUACCUCCAAGUCUCCCCCUUGAAAAGCCACCCUGGCGACGACCACGCGCUGUCUAAGCAGGUGUUUACGUGUCCUAGGGAAAGAAGCCCAGAAAGGAUCUCAGCUCUUUGACGACCUCCCUCCGGCCAGCAGUACUGACUCAGGUACAGUCUUCAGACUCUCCCAGGUGUGUGUCAACGUGUCAUCCUGGGAUUGUAGUUGUCUCAAUCUUUUUCCCUUUCCCCCAUUUUCAACACACAGAUGUUUUAGGUGUUGGACUGUCUUAAGUUUUGAAUCCAUGGCAUCAGGUAAGGCAGAGAAAUCCACUAGUUGCUGGCUCUGAGAAACUGCGUGAACUUGGAGCAGUCUUCUCUGGUUCAUUGGAGUACUUUAUAGCUGAAUUGAGAUGUAACUCUUUAGGGCAGAUUUUUGUUUCCUUUCAAUGAUAGGACUUUAAAAUAAAAUAAGGUUCAAGACAUUAUUUACCACAGUGUGAGUUGCCACUGGAUUGACAGAAUUUUGAGUUUAUUUCAAUGACCUGCAUAGGCAUCCUGGUGGGAUGGAUUCUGACACGCCUUCCCCAGGUUUUGUGAGCUCACUGCCUGUCCUGCUGUGUUUCAGGAUCAGGGGGACCUUUGCUUUUUGAUGACCUCCCACCAGCCAGCAGUGGCGAGUCAGGUUCUCUGGACAGCUCGAUAUCCCAGAUGGUAAAGAAUGAAGGGAAAGGAGCAAAGAGGAAAUCGUCGGAAGAGGAGAAUGGCAGUGAAGAGCUUGUGGAAAAGAAACCUCUUCAGUGAUUUUUAGUUUGAAAGGCUACGUGGCUGAACGGAAGGGCGAGCGGGAGGAGAUGCAGGACGCACACGUCAUCCUGAACGACAUCACCGAGGAGUGCGGGCCGCCAACAUCCCUCAUUGCCCGGGUUUCAUAUUUUGCCGUUUUUGAUGGACAUGGAGGAAUUCGAGCCUCAAAGUUUGCUGCGCAGAAUUUGCAUCAGAACUUAAUCAGGAAAUUUCCUAAAGGAGAUGUAAUCAGUGUCGAGAAAACCGUGAAGAGGUGUCUUUUGGACACGUUUAAGCACACGGAUGAAGAGUUCCUCAAACAGGCCUCAAGUCAGAAGCCUGCCUGGAAAGAUGGGUCCACUGCCACGUGUGUUCUGGCUGUAGACAACACCCUUUAUAUUGCCAACCUUGGAGAUAGUCGGGCCAUCCUGUGUCGUUACAAUGAGGAGAGUCAAAAACAUGCGGCCUUAAGCCUCAGCAAGGAGCACAACCCCACACAGUACGAGGAGCGAAUGAGAAUACAGAAGGCUGGAGGAAACGUCAGGGACGGGCGUGUCUUGGGUGUGCUGGAGGUGUCCCGCUCCAUUGGGGAUGGGCAGUACAAGCGCUGCGGGGUCACUUCUGUGCCAGACAUCAGACGCUGCCAGCUGACCCCCAACGACAGGUUCAUUUUGCUGGCCUGCGACGGCCUCUUCAAGGUCUUUACCCCAGAAGAAGCUGUGAACUUCAUCUUGUCCUGCCUUGAGGAUGAGAAGAUCCAGAGCCGGGAAGGCAAGCCGGCCAUGGACACCCGCUAUGAAGCAGCCUGCAACAGGCUGGCCAACAAGGCGGUGCAGCGGGGCUCAGCGGACAACGUCACGGUGAUGUUGGUGCGGAUCGGGCACUGAGGGCGCGGCCUGCCACUGGCUUCAAAGGUCCAUGUGUGUGUUUUGUGUACUCCUGCCCUGCGGGACUCCCAUGGCUGUAAAUAAAAGUUCCUCUUUUUUCUA